AUGACCAAGUUCGCCCAAUCCUCUCUCCUUCGCCAAAUUAGCCCACCCGAGAUAGACAAAGACGACCUCCGACGCAAAGCCAACCUCCUGAACCUCAUCAGGGAGCUCAAGCACCAAAUACCCCACAUCCUCGAGACAAACUUAUCCCGCGCCAUCAUCUCCCGCGACAUCUACCUCCGGAUCUGCCCUUCGCAAGUCGACGAAUCCGUCUUGCCUAAGCUACACGGCACGCUCGCCUACUACAGCGCCUGCAAAGCCAUCCAAUUGUUUAUCUGCUCUGUGAUGUUGAGUCCGCGCGUCAAGCUCCACAUCACCAACAUCCGCACCACCACCACCAAUAAUAACAAUAGUUCGCCAGAUCCACAGUGCAUGUACCCCAAUUCAACUAAGGUGUACGUGCGGUGGAACACAUGCAUGCCGAACUGCGAGCACUUGGGCGCCAUCGAGAGCACGUCGCAUGCAAACUUGGGCUCGCAUAAGUGGUCCCCAGAAGACACCAUCAAGUUGAUGAAUGCAUACAAGUUGAACAGCUUAGCGGGCAUCGUGGCAAAAUUGACCUCUUCCGUGAUGAGCUUGAGCAAGGAGCUGGAGAAGUUGGAGCGGGUCUUGCUGGGCUUGUUCAUUUUCGAGUUGAAUGAGGAGUGCGAUGCUAUCAUGGUUCACACGGUGGAGAAUAUGGAUAUUAUCGAGCGGUUCGAACCUGAAGGGAUCGAUAACGGACUACGAGUCUGCUAG